GCUCUGUGAAUCAAAGAAGCUCUCUCUGCUAUGGCGGAAGGAGGAGGGGAAGAAGAUGACUACAUGGGGGACCUCUCUCGAUUUGUCUCUCCAGAAGCUUCCGUUCCUCUCUCGAAAAAGGUAUCGAAUAGCAAAGCCUCCGGUGUUCAAGCCGCUAAGAAAAAACCCAAAGCAGUGAAUUGGCAAGAGCAGCGUAAGAUUGAUAGGGAGAGAAAGCAACGAGAGGAGGAUGAGAAAACGUUGGCGAAUAUAGAGGCGCCUAUUCCGCAAUCCAACAUAGGGUUCAAGCUUUUGAAGCAAAUGGGGUAUACCCCAGGGUCUGCCCUUGGGAAGGAGGGGUCGGGCCGGGCUGAACCGGUGAAGGUUGAUAUCCGGCGGUCGAGAGCUGGAAUUGGGAGGGAGGAUCCUCAUAAGGAGAAGAGGAAGAGAGAGGAGGUGAGGAGUGAGGAGGAGAAGAGGAAUGAGGAGAGCUUGAUGGAGGAGUUUGGGUGGAGGAAGAAGUCACAGUGGCGGAUUCGGAGAGUUGUGGUUAAUUUUAACAAGGCCAAGGCGGUUUUGGAUCAGUUGGAGAAUAAGGAGGUUGUGCCGAAUGAGGAUGAGGAAGAGGAGGGGGGAGAGUCGGAAGAGGAAGAGGAACAGAUUACAGAAGAGGAUUUACAAGAGAUAUUGAUGAAACUGAGAGAUGAACAUCGAUACUGCCUCUUCUGUGGAUGCCAGUAUGAAUCAAUGGAGGAACUAUUAUCCAGCUGCCCUGGAACUAAUGAAGACGAUCACUGAACUUAAUUCCCGAUGUGUGGACAUGCCCAGAAUGUAUUCCAUGUUUGACAGAGAAUACUGAGGGGUACACCUCUAUUUGGAGAUGGGUGUACUUGCUUGCAAUGAAGGAUUUUUCGUGCUUGCAGCCGACUUACUGUGCCUUGAUAUGCAACUCUGUGAGUCAAUAGCCAGUAGGGAAGUAAAUUUCUGCAGGCCUGGAGCUAGCCCCUUACCUCAGAGGGAGGUGCCGUUAGGAACGCCUCUGAGCAUUGGUUGAGUAUUCUCCCAUAUGGGGAUAGUGUAUAAGAUGUAGAAUUUGUCAUGCAUAUACAUCGGAGGCCAAAUGCUACUACACCUAUCAACUAGGGUACUUAAUUGAAAGGCUGAAGCCGAAUGCUACUACAAGUUAAUGUUGGUUUGUGGCUAUGGCAUACUUGUCUUUCUUUC